AUGAAACUUACGUCAUCACAAGUCGUGGUCAACACAUUUAGCAGUUAGCUGAAAGCGCAGUGAGUUAGCAGCCUAAAAACCUGCUAUAAUAGAGAUUGCUGUAAAGACUGAUGAUCCCUGGAAUAGAAAUCCAAUCCGGGUUUUCCCGCCACCUCACACCGACGUCCAUUAAAUAUCCUUAAGUUGACUGGAGAGUGUAGAUCGAGUCUGGCUGAGGGCUGCCGUCAAUGGAUUGACAUAAGAAGAUUUGCCUUUUAUCAGGUGCUUUAGUCUGACAGUGGCAGCAUGCGAGUCUACCAGUUUAAUGCUAUAUUAUGAAGACGCUGUUCAGUCUUUUCUAGCGAAGAUCCAUCGAAGAGAAAUGCUGGAGGAUCUGUCGUGUACAGGCGGGGAAUAUUAUUAGCCCUUCAGACAGUGCAUCUGUCUCUCCGGUACCCAUAUGUACAUAUGUCAACAUUGAUUUUACUUCAAACAGGGAGCAUUACAUGAAAAUUACAGUUUCUCAAACGGCCUCAAUACUGUUUCUCAUGCCGGCUAUCCCAAACUCCUCCUCCCUCACCCUCACUCACUUCAGCUAUGCCUCGUACUGCCAAAGCACCCAAGAAGUCAACUCGUGCAUCCACAAAGCGAAAUGUUAAGAGGGUGAAGGCUUCCAUAACAAGGAGGCAAACAAUCAACUCACUGAAAGCCAGUGGUGAGAUCAAGAAGGGCAUAGACAAGAAACAGGCGGCCAAGAGGGCCCAGAGGACUGUUGUCAGCAAGCCUAACAAGAAGACUGUUGAGGAUGUUCUACCUGUUAAAAUAUCCAGACACACGACUAGUUCUUUGAACCAAAAUGGCUUAUUGUUGGAAUGUAAUGGGAAGGGGAAGUCACCUAGAAAGAGUGUCUCAUGUCCGAGCAUCCAAAGGAAUGUUCAGAAAAAGGGAGCUCAGGAGAUCAGGGAACAGGAGACUGAGACUAAAAGGUCAGAAGUGAAUGAUCCUAAUGAUGAUGCUGAACAACAAAAAGGUGCUGAAAUUCCCACUGGAGAGGGACAGAGCGUCAACAUAAGCUCUAAAGAAUCUGGGGAGGAGCACAGAGAGACUGUUGUUAAUGACACUUUAGUGGCAGAGAAGAAGAAGGUAAAAGUGAACACAGAAACUGUUCAAAGUGAAAGCUAUUCUGCUGUUGUUGAGCAGCCAAACACGGUGUUGGUGGAUCAGCAAGAUCCUCUGAAGCACAACCCUGUCAAUAAUGUGGACUUUGCCUACAACAAUAAUACCUCAGGCCCACCAACUCCCUCCCCUUCAGAUCAGGUUGAGGCCAUUCAACCCACACUUCCACCAGUGGACUUACAAGACAUCUCUCUUCAGACCACUCGAGGAAACUCUACAGAAGAAGGUGAGACUGCCGAAUCAAGUUUGCCAAAUCAAGUUUGUCAAUCAUCCAAUGACUCACCAGCACUUGAAAACAUUGCAGAUGCUCCCCAGAUUGAAGAAACUGAGUUACGAAGCACUGCUGAUGUGGACACCAAAGAUGAAAGUAUUGAUGCUGAAAUGUUGAUGAAGAAAGAAGGAGCGCUUUCUCUCCUCUCGCUGAGCGCAGCCAUUUACAACACUACUCUUUGUGAGAUGGGUCAUGGGCCUCAGGCAACAGCGUUGCUCUCCAGCAGCACAGAAAGCACUCAGUCCUCAUUUGACAGCGAGUCAGAGUUAGUUCUGGAGCACAGGACUUCAGGAAAGUCUAUUCCUCAAGUUGAGGAUAUUCAGCUUCGUUUACUUCAAGAUCAACAGAGAAGGGAACAGAACAAGAGAGGUCACUGUGGUGUUUGCGCACCCUGCCAAUGCAAGGUCAACUGUGGGGAAUGCAGAAGUUGCCUAAACCAAAAAACAGACCAUCAGAUCUGUAGGCUCAGGAAGUGUAUUAAGCUGAGGAAAAAGACCCUGAUAAUCUGUACAGGAAAGGUUGAGUCAGAGGCAAACUCAGUAAAUGGCACAAGCUCAGAGCAGAUGGAGGAGACCUGUGCGGCACCAGAGGAAGAGGCGCAUUACAUACCCGUAACACACAAUGUUCCACCUGAUAUUAUCACGCCUCUCCAGCAUGGCUUGCUACCAGAACCUCAUGGAAAGGAUCCCGGGACUACUGAUGUACUUCUCCCUCACAGCUUCUCUUCAACCUCUCAUAAUGGUGCUGAACACAUAAAAUCAAAUGCCCAGAGAUAUGUGGAUCCCACCGAGACACCCGCCAAUUUCCAUAGCUCCACCAUUAACAAUAGGCAUGCCCCUGAGGUCGUUCAAGAACAGAUGGUUCCUCUGAAGAAGAUCAAACUGGAAGAGCAGCAGCUUGAGAUUGAUGACCAGCACUCCAAACACUUAGAGACCAAUGGGUGCUAUGAGGAUGCUUUAUCUACUCUAGCAGCUGUGGUCUGCUUCUCUAGUACGGAUAGGAAAAGUCUUGAGGAGAAGCUUUUCGGUUCUCAGACCUCAGAUGUGUGUUUGAAAACUGAGCCAAAAGAAGAACCAUAUCAGUGUCAGUUGAAUCAAGAAGAACCUCCUCAAAAUGAUUACAUUGCACUAUCUUUACCCACUGUCCAGUCUCUGGUUCAACAUAGGAAUAUAAGUGUUGAUCAGGCUAUAGCUAUUGAGGCCUUGACCCAACUGGCAGCUAUCCCACAAACAGUGCCCUUUAAAACAGAAAACCAGAUUCAGGACGCCCAGCAAGAAACAUCUACAUACUCUGCUCCAAGCAACCACAUACCUAUUCGGGAGGCUAAACCAGCUACAGAUGUUGUCUCCAACAAAGUCUCGGUAAUUAGUUCAUCUUUGCACCAGACUUCUGUCAUCCGCAGCUCUCUGAACACACCUACCAACUUUACCCAAAGUCAGCGCUGUGCACCUCCUCCCAGAAAACUAUCCCUGAAGGACCUUCUGAUGGCCAGCUCAGAAUGUGAAAAGCUAUCGUAUACCACAGAGAACCGAAGAAACGGUCAAGCACUUUGUAAAUCGGACCGGUUAGAAGGCACUUUUAAGAUGUAUAGGCAUGGAGAAGCGACUCCCAUCUACAGAAAGAAGGAUGAAGAGGAAGUUGCGGCUCAGUUGGUACAGCUUGCUUUUAUGAUUGAAUCGAGGCAGGCGCAAGUCUCUGAAAACAGUCCACCAAAUGGCAUGGCUACUCAGAGUUUGAAAUACAAUCAAAAUUAUUUGGGGCAGCAUUUGAAAAAGCAGAGGAAACCGAAGAUGACACCAUCAAAUCCUAGGAUGUCCAAGAAGAAAGUUGCUGAGAUUGAUGACAACCAUUGUAGGAUUCUUUUGGCCAAGAAGACACCCAAUAAGAAAACCCCUCUCAAAGCCACCAUUCAGAAAGCCAUUUCACAACAUAAAAUGAGGUUCCAGCACAAAAGAAAUCCUUUUCUUCCCCAGGCCCAGAUAGACCUGAAAAAAUACAUUGCAGAGGCUCAACACGAGAACAGGCAGCUCUUAUACUACAACACAAAGAAAGAGCACUUGGAAACAUUCAUUGGUUCUGGUAGGCAGAAUGGCUUUCACGUUAAAUAUGAACAUGGAGGUCAUUCUUUACCACCACAAAAUGGACACUUUUACAAUCAUACAAAUGACCAUCUAGGUGCUAGCCAGUGCCCAAGGCAUGAAUGUGAACAAAAGGUUUCUCAGGUAUCAAAAACCUACGAUGUGCUAAAUCCUGGUGCUAAACAACAACUUCUGCAAACCAUGGCCAAUGAACCCUUUAAAGACUUGCCACAAAUCCCAGAGAUGUACCAUAAAGCCAAUGGCUUUAAUGGUCAUCAACACUUGCACACAAAUCAGAAUGGAUUUUACAAAGUGGAGAAGUCUGGAGGUGUUACGGUGUUGUCUGCAUCCAGUGUACAUUCAGAGAACGGAGACAUGGUGUACGCUGGAGAACAGACUCCCACCAAGCACACGAUCAACAGCUUUUUGGAGUCUCCAAUGAGGUUUUUGGAUACCCCAACCAGGAAUCUCAUCAACACCCCCUCCAAACAAUCAAUGGAGAUCCCCUCCUGUGACUGCGUGGAACAUAUUAUCGAGAAAGAGGAGGGUCCGUAUUACACUCACCUUGGAUCUGGCCCUAAUGUAGCAGCAGUGAGAGAGAUGAUGGAGACCAGAUAUGGUGAGAAAGGUAAUGCAGUUCGUGUGGAGGUCGUAGUGUACACUGGCAAAGAAGGUCGAAGCUCACAGGGUUGUCCAAUCGCCAAGUGGAUCAUACGUCGAGGCAGUGAGCAGGAGAAGUUGCUGUGUCUCGUGCGGCAGCGUGCUGGUCACUGCUGUCAGAACGCAGUAAUAGUCAUCCUCAUCUUGGCCUGGGAGGGGAUCCCACGCAGCGUGGCUGACAGGCUGUACCAGGAGCUCACGCAGACGCUCUGCAAAUAUGGCUCGCCCACUAGCCGACGCUGUGCCCUCAAUGAGGAUCGUACCUGUGCAUGUCAGGGUCUGGACCCGGAGACCUGCGGUGCCUCUUUCUCAUUCGGUUGCUCCUGGAGUAUGUACUUCAAUGGUUGCAAGUUUGCACGCAGCAAAACACCCCGCAAGUUCAGACUGCAGGGAGACUCUCCUAAGGAGGAGGGGAGGUUGGAAAAAAACCUGCAGAAUCUGGCAUCAGAUUUGGCACCAGUGUACAAAAGACUUGCACCGAAGGCCUUCCACAACCAAGUGGAGCAGGAGCAGCGGGGGCAGGACUGUCGUCUGGGCUGUAGGGAAGGUCGACCGUUCUCUGGUGUGACAGCAUGUGUGGAUUUCUGUGCUCAUGCCCACAAAGACACACAUAACAUGACCAAUGGAAGCACUGUGGUAUGCACUUUAACCAAGGAAGAUAACCGCGCAGUGCGCAACAUUCCAGAGGAUGAGCAGCUGCACGUCCUGCCGCUCUACAAGAUCUCUGACACGGAUGAGUUUGGCAAAGUGGAGGGCCAGUGGGCCAAGAUAAAAACUGGGGCUCUGCAGGUCCUCUCUGCUUUCCCAAGAGAAGUGCGGCUGCUGGCCGAGCCCGUCAAGUCAGCACACAAGAGGAGGCUGGAGGCCAAGAGAGCCCAUGUUGAGAAACUAAACAGCCUGGGCAGUAAGCAGGUCACCCCUGUGAAAAUGAAGAACGAGUCUCCUAAAGGUUUUAAACAAACCUCUACUGAGAAUUCCUCCUUUUCGGAAAAGAAUUCGCCUAAUUUAAGUUCAACCAUGCGCGUUCCUGACAUCGGAGGCCAAUAUUCACCCUUGCACUCUGGAGGCUCGUACAACCAGAGUAACAGCUGCCGCACACCUCCUGUGGGCUCCAGCUUUGGCACAUCCACACUCCCAAAGUUCCCUCAUGAUCCCUCUGGAGGAACCACCCACUUCAAUGGUUCCCCUCCUUUUAGACAUGGAACUAUCAAACAGGAACCAUUCAGAAAUGACCCUGUAAGGACGAAUCCAAAAUUCAAAUCCGAGCCUGAGGAAAUGCGGUGCUUCCAAGGAGGAGCUGCUCCCACCCCACUGUCCCCGCCGAUGGCCGAGGGUCUCCACAGCCGUUUGAACAUUACCGCACAACCGGUCACCCCAGAGGUGGCCAAAGCAGAGGAAGUGUGGUCAGACAGCGAGCACAAUUUCCUUGACAAAAACAUCGGCGGGGUCGCAGUGGCGCCUUCCCAUGGUUCCAUCCUGAUCGAAUGUGCUCGACGGGAGCUGCACGCAACCACUCCCAUCCUUCGACCCGACCGCACACACCCCACCCGAAUCUCUCUGGUUUUCUACCAGCACAAGAGCCUGAACGCCCCAGGCCACGGCUUGCAGCAGUGGGAGGCCAAAAGGGCAGAGAAGGCCAGAGAGAAAGAGCAAGCAGAGCGCUUAGGACUCAACAAUCAGUCAGAGCCGGUGGAUUCAGACACAGACAGCGAAAACGAGACUUGUUUAGAUGAGAGACACAAGUUUCAGGUCCCUACCCGUCAGUCGCUAACAGUUUCACGUGACAGCCUGGUCAUGUCAGCCCCUUAUGCCCUCACACACGUCACAGGGCCUUACAACCGCUGGACGUGAAGUUCCCCGUGCUUGUCUAGCUAAUGCCUUACCUCAGCUAGUUCUCUUCCUUUCACGCCCAUUUUUACAUGUGCCCUUUUUAAGUUUUGCUCUUCAUCUCAGCUUUUUACGACUACCGUUUGUGGGUUUUUAACUGUGAGUUUUUGGUGCUUUGUUUGUGUUUUUUUAUUGUAAAGAGAGCAGAUGUUAUGAAACUGGUUUUAUACAUAUAGAUGAAAAUUAGUGCAUAGAACAUGUGAUUAUUUAUUCUGAUCUUUUUUUUUUCAAAACUAUUUUAUAAUUUAAUUUCUGAUCCAAGCCUGUUUACUGCAAUAGGAGUUCGUCAUCCUUUAAAAUGAUGCGUGUAGUAAACACUUGACAUUGUCAAAUGUGAA